GAGGCUUGCUCGUGAGGGGGAAGAGAAAGAAGGAGAGCUCGAGGUCGGGAGAAUCAGAAGAUGGGGGGAGGAGUUGCAAGGGGCGAUGAUGACGACGGAAGUCAAUAGUGAGGAAGAAUGGAUUGCCGUAAAUAGGAGAGCAAACGUGAGGUCUCGUCCUUGACACCUGAGCGGAUCUUUUUUAUUAUUGGCAGAAUAUUGCAUCGCGCCCUAACCCGAAUCUUCUCGUGCAAUUCUGUUGCCGUGGAGACUAAAGUAUAUGGAAGUAUUUGUGUCCCGAGGAGAUGGAGCUGCCUGGUCCACGGGGUCACCGGAGGGUCAAAUGGUGAAAGAAGUCGUCCAAAAUAAAUAUCGACAACAAAAACCAAUCACACGGUCGGCAGAAGGAAGACUAAAGUUGUGAAUAUUAAAUGAGCGUUUGAUGCGUUUGCCGCAAUUGCUGAAUUGGUGAACUUUUCACCUCUUGAAGCAACACAACGUGUGUCGAGCUCGAGCGAGGAUAAGCGCGAUAGGAAGCGGACGGACGGAUUGUAAUCCUGUUAGCUGGCAAGCAGCGUCGAUUGUCUUCUCACCAGACAAAAGUCAACUUUGAAUUCAAACUCAUGAGCUGUGCGUGCGCUGCUUUCAUCUCGGAUCGUUUCAAUUCACUUCUGGCUUUGUUUCUUUUUUUUUUCCCAGUUUGUGCUUGUGUUACUUUCAUUUUUUUGAAUUAAAAUUGUUAUACAGUGGAACCUCGAUUUACCGACCCUGCUCGGAAGUAACGGACCGUCUGGACGGUACGUGUGUCGAAAAAUAGUUUCCAGUUGUCACUUAAAUCGGCAUUGACAAAGUCUGUUAGUUCCGGAAUUGGCCACUGUUGUUUACUGACCCGUUUUCUGCGGCCGCUCCGGUUUCCUCCCGCAUCCCAAAAGCAUGCGUGCUAGGUUCAUUGAAGACUCUAAAUUGCCCGUAGGUGUGAAUGAGAGUGCGAAUGGUUGUUUGUUUAUAUGCGCCCUGCGAUUGGCUGGCAACCAGUUCAGGGUGAUAGCUGGGAUGGGCUCCAGCGCUCCCGCGACCCUUGCGAAUGGAUGCAAGGACGGAUGUUUACUGACCAGACUGGCUGACCCUAACCAACGGACGUGGCUAUGUGGCGGCCAUGUUGAAUGUGGUGACAUUCCAUCAAAGGCAACGCAUUGACAGUUGGUGGCCAUGUUGAAUGUGGCAACAUUUCCGGGGCGUGCGUUGACGUGGCGGCCGUGAUGGCAGGAGUUCUAUCUAUUGUCGCGUAGAGCUCUGCGCAGAGAGAGCAGCAUGACGGCGGUGUUAACUUUAAGAGGAAUGGGACAAACAAGUCUCUGGAGUCUGGAACCUGCUGUUUUUGCUACAAUAUUUUAGUCUGUCAAGCCGUUUGUCUAUGGAAACAGAUUUGGAAAUGGGAAGCACACUAAUUCCUCACGGCUGAUGAAAGCGACCCUCCUCGACUCACUUACGACUGUGUCAACAAUGUCACCAUCAAGCACACCACAUUCAUCUUUCCUUCGAUUGCAAGCGGUCUCCCUGUCCCUGCAGCAGCAAAACACCCCCACGGCGUGAUGCUGCCACCACCACCGCGCUUCACUGUUGGGACUGUAUUGGACAGGUGAUGAGCAGUGCCUGGUUUUCUACACACAUGCCACUUAGAAUUAAGGCCAGAAAGUUCCAUCUUGGUCUCAUCAGACCAGAGAGUCUUGUUUCUCACCAUCUUGGAGUCCUUCAGGUGUUUUUUAGCGAACUCCAUGCGGGCUUUCAUGUGUCUCGCACUGAGCAGAGGCUUCCGUCGGGCCACUCUGCCAUGAAGCCCCGACUGGUGGAGGGCUGCAGUGAUGGUUGACUUUCUAGUACUUUCUCCCCCAUCUCCCGCCUGCAUCUCUGGAGCUCAGACACAGUGAUCUGUGGGUUCUUCUUUAGCUCUCUGACCAAGGCUCUUCUCCCCCGACGGCUCAGUUUGGCCGGACGGCCGGCCAGCUCUAGGAAGGGUUCUGGUCGUCCCGAACGUCUUCCAUUUAAGGAUUCUGGAGGCCACUGUGCUCUUAGGAACCUUAAGUGCGGCAGAACUUUUAUGUAACCUUGGCCAGAUCUGUGCCUUGCCACAAUUCUGUCUCAGAGCUCUUCAGGCAGUUCCUUUGACCUCCUGAUUCUCAUUUGCUCUGACAUGCACUGUGAGCUGUAAGGUCUUAUGCAGACAGGGGUGUGGCUUUCCUCAUCAAGUCCAAUCAGUGUAAUCAAACACAGCUGGACUCCAACGAAAGUGUGGAACCAUAUCAUGGAUGAUCAGCACCCGAGUUCCAUAUAGGAGUGGCACAGCAAAGGGUCUGAAGACUUAUGGCUGUUUGAUAUUUCAGUUUUUCUUUUUUUAAUAAAUCUGCCAAAAUGAGCUUUUUUUUUCUGUCAAUAUGGAGUGCCGUGUGUACAUUAAAGAGGGCCGUCCUGUCAAGAUGAUUGCGAGAGCACAGCGCGGAAUGCUCAAUGAGGUCAAAAAGAACCCGAGAGUGUCAAACAUAUCAUUUCUUGUGUGGUAUUAGUUUAAGCAGUCUAUGUUUAUCCUUAUUUAGAUAAACGAUCAGACUGCAUUUCAUGACCAAUUUAUGCAGAAAAGUAAGAAAUUCCACAGGGUUCACAUACUUUUUGCUCCCACUGUAAAUUCUUCUGGUGGGACGGUGGGUAGCACAUCUGCCUCACAGUUCUGAGGACCCAAGUUCAAAUCCGGCCUCUCCUCUGUGGCGUUUGCAUGUUCUCCCCGUGCCUGCGUGGCUUUUCUCCGGGUACGCCGGUUUCCUUCUUCUUGCGUGGUAGGUUCAUUGAAGACUCUAAAUUGCCCGUCGCUGUGCCCUGCCAUUGGCUGACGACCAAUUCAGGGUGUACCUCGCCUCUCGCCCAGAGUUAGCUGGGAUUGGCUCCAGCACGCCCGCGACCCUAGUGAGGAGAAGCGGGACGGGAAAGGAAUGAACGUCAAUUCUUCUGCUACGUUGGGGGAAAAAAAAAAAAAAAAAAAGAAAACACAAAAAGCUGUGAGAUUUUUGAAAUGUACUUUACUGCCACCUAGAGUCCUGGAGAGGAACAUCGCAGCAUUUCUUUAAAUACGCUCAUCGCUAGCAGGAAGGGAUGUUGAGGCCGGCCGACACGGGGUUUGCGUCAAGCACGCGUGAGGAUGAGGAGGAGGAGGAUGAAGAAGAAGAAAGGAGCCACAGGAUGACACCAGCUGGAACCUCAUGAAGGAGGAAGAUGCCAUUCCAUCACGUGCGUGCGGGCCUCCUCUAUCCCGACAACUACCUGAGUGGCUCGCUAGCUGAAGGCACAGAAACUUUCAAGCUCACCAGCAUCUCCGCCGAAGAGCUCGGAGAGAUCCGCGAGGCCUUUCGUGUGUUGGACCGCGACGGGAACGGUUUCAUCUCCAAGCAGGAGCUGGGAAUGGCCAUGCGCUCGCUGGGGUACAUGCCCAGCGAGGUGGAGUUGGCCAUCAUCAUGCAGAGGCUGGACAUGGACGGAGAUGGGCAGGUAGACUUUGAGGAGUUCAUGACGAUACUUGGGCCAAAGCUGCUGUCGUCGGAAAACAGAGAAGGUUUCCUCGGCAACACCAUUGACAACAUCUUCUGGCAGUUCGACAUGCAGCAGCCGUCUCUGGAUGAGCUGAAGCAGGUUUUGUUCCACGCCUUCCGCGAGCACCUGAGCAUGAAGGACAUCGAGAACAUCAUCAUCACGGAGGAGGAGAGCCUCGACGAGACCUCGGGAAGCUGUCCUGAGUACGAGGGAGUGCAUCCCAAGAAGAAGAACCGGCAGACGUGCGUGCGGAAAAGUCUCAUCUGCGCCUUCGCCAUGGCCUUCAUCAUCAGCGUCAUGCUCAUCGCGGCCAAUCAGAUGCUGCGAAAUGGCAUGGAGUAAAAACAUGGCAAUGUGGCCGCCGGGAGUGGAUGUCGGCGGGACGCCCGUGGAAAGACCCGGACGGAUCCCAGCACAUCAGUGAAUUCACUUUUUCUCUCUUUUUCGCUCAGGAGCAGAACGAUGUCUGAGGACUCACGUGUUUGUGUUGCUUUCAAGAUGUCACAAUUCUACACAAACUGGACAAUGAUUAGCUUUUCAUAAACAAACGAAAAUAGGCAUACUUUGAUUUGGAUGUUUUCCAGACAGAGACCACCCUUUCAACUUUAUUUUAUAUUUACUGCUAAAAAAAAAAAACUUCAACAGGUGCUUGGAGCCAUUCCUCAUCUCAGUUCUUCUUCUUCUUCGCAACCACCCACGAACCUCUCGUCAUCACAUGUUGCCACAUUGAAAUGUUCCUCCUAUCUGACAUGUUGACAUGUUCAUGCCAUGUUUUCGUGUUCUCCAAGCGUGUGCAAGCACCGUGCUCGCGCACACUUUACAGAUGGGCGCGCAACCAGCCUGAGCGUCAUGUGAACAUCGCGUGCGUGCGUGCGUGCGUGCGUGCGUGCGUGCGUGCGUGCGUGUGUAUAGGCAGUGUCUGCGUCAGGGGGGCUGUCAAGGCUACUCUUGUCUUCGUCUUCGUUUUCUUUUUCUACGCCCCACAUCGCGUCACUUGUGUCCGUAGCGCCCCUAGUGGUUGGGUGAGACACCUCGUCCGUCUGUAUGCUGGAUGGCAGAUGAGGAGGCGGCUAGCAAGACAAAUCGCUGUACGCUUUGAAGCCUUUCAAACUGGCUAGUUUAGCUUGCUAGCCGCUAACAACGAUAGCGAAGCACUCAGAAUCAGAAUCAGAAUCAU